GAAAACUAUGGCACGAAUACCAGUUUUGUGAACAAAUUUCCGAUGUGUACCUGAUGAAUGCGUGAACAACACUGAUGGAAGUGUGCGUAGCCUUAGCUGCGAUGUUAGUUUGUUGAGGUUCUAAGUGAUCGUAUAUAUCGCUUUAAGAGCCAUGUAUUCCUAGUGACCUUUCAAGUGAUGUCUACCCAAGGUGUCACUGUAGAAAUUAUCUCCGAAAACUGGAGGGAGACGGUGACGUUACACUGUUCAAAGUCAGUGAAUGCAUUUGAGUUGACACGCUUGCUCGGUGAUCAAAUGUCUUCAGAGGAAAACACAUACAGGUAUGAGAACAAAUUGAAGCCUGACAAAAUUCUGCUGAGAGACAUGCAUGGCACUCGACUCCAACCCAACAAGAAGAUCAGCAGAGUAACUGUCAAACCUGGCACGUACCUGAUCGCUGAGGUCACAGGGAAAGGCAGAAAUCAGCACGUCGGUGAGAGUACUCACAAUGCAGGGAAGAUGUCGGCAGGCAGCGAUAUAAGUUCAUCGGAGGACAAGGAGGACUUGCCAAACGAAAACAGUGCAGAAAGCAGUGCCGAUGAUCUUACACCAACAAAAAGCAAAAGGAGGAAAGUUGAGAGUGAAGAAUCUGGAAGCACAAUAGAUCUGACCAAAUGUGCUUCAUCGUCAGAGGUGGAGGAUGGUGCAGAAGAUCAGACUUCAACAAUUCAGACCAAACGGAAGUCUAGGAAGAGAGCCAGUGCCAAAGGUGAGCCAACAGUUAUUGAUGACACCAAGCAGCUCAUUGAGGGCCAGUGCCAGGGGUGCCAGGAAUUGACUGGCGGGUCGCCCACAACCAGACAGGGAACAAAACGGAAGCACGGAGGGCUUGAAUCCAGCCAGUCAGUGUCCCGGGUGUGCCCUCAGACCCCCGUCAGUAGACAAGAGAAAACCAGCCCUAGGGAGCAGCUGCAAAAGACACCCAACCCGAAGAGGAAUCUGAUCAAGCCGUCAGAGGUUUUGCAAGAGGUCCUGGAAGGAGACCGAGGUUCCCCGGAGAAACAGCUGCGGGAGGCAGAUGCAAAGUGUCCAAAGGAGGACCGCCUCAGUUGUUCGAUGGAGCGGAUUAACCUGGACGACGGCACGGAUUGUCCAGACAGGAACACACCAAGCUCUGCAGCAGGUGAAACAAAUGUGCCAAAGGCAGCAAAGCAGGGUGCAGUAAUACCUAAAAGUGCAGUGACCUCAACUGACAGAGUUAAACCAGCACAAGGAGAAGUUUACAGUAAACACAUGGAAGCCGGUAAUUCUGUCAUUGACACAGUGGCCUCCAAGGAAGACUCAGCCAUCCACAAAGCCGCGUGCAAUUCAGCUGACAUACCAAGUGGUAGCAGGCUGGUUGGUAAUACAACCAAGGAAGCAGACAGACUACCGACGGCCGGCUCGGAUGUUUGUGGGAAAUGCUCCACAAAUACUGUCCGCAGCAGCCUCAUUACAGUCUCCAAAGGGGCACCAGUCAACAAGAGCGCAGGGGAUUUGACAAGAAAACUGCAUUUUGUAGUUGUGCCUGUGGUCACCAAGAGCAGUCACAUUCCCCCUACUGUCAACCUUAAAUUGAAUGAAGGAGUGCCAGUCAAGAGAUUAGUCGGUGCUAGUGGCGCUCUGCCUGCGGGAAAACCCACCAGUGUAACAGAGUUGGCAGGCAAAAGUGCCGACAACAGUUCAAACCAUUUGGUAAUUCCUGUCAGCAAGGCUGCUGAAUCGUCACAGAGCAAAGUCACCAGCAUUAUGGUCGACCAUUCCGGAAAUCCCCUCAAGGCGGGAGCAGCCAACACCGCCAAAGGAACUGUGAUAUGCGAGCUCACCUUGAGUGCAAGCAAUCCAACGACAGUAGACAGGAGUCGCUCCAGAGUGCUGAAGACGUACCCUGGGAAGGCACGGCGCCAGACGAGGCAAGUCGCUAGAGCCAAUUCAAAGAGUGAGAUCGACUUAAUUUGCGUGGAUGGAGAAGGAUGCGGAGGGAACAACCCUGCCGAGGAGACUGACGGAGACUCGGAGCCUCCACACAAAGCAUCUGCAGAUGCUAAGCACAAGGCUGGUGAAGAAGAUCCCAUAGUCAUCACCAUCGGCAAGAAUGAGCUGAGAAAGUCCGACUUGGCUACGCUGGAAGAAGGGGAGUGGCUGAAUGACUGCGUCAUCAACGCAUAUUUCUUCCUCCUCAGCGUGGUGUCACCUCUGAAAGUCUUCACACACAGCUCCUUCUUUUUCCUCUCUCUGUUCAAACGGGGCUAUGAGGGCGUGAAACGAUGGACGAAAAAUGUCGACCUGUUCGAACAAGAUUUGAUCUUCAUUCCCGUCCACAACAAGAGCCACUGGUCACUGGUGGUGGUACAUAUCAGGGAAGGUAUCAUCGAAUAUUACAACUCCUCCACAAUGCUGGAUGGCUACCCAAGGAGCAUGAUGCACGUACGAGAUUACUUGCAAGCUGAAGCAAAGAAUCGGGAGAAGAGCAAAUUUUGUAACAUCAAGUGGGAAUUAUACAUUGUUGAAGAUAUACCGAGACAGCAAAACAUGGAUGAUUGUGGGCUGUUCAUUUGCCAGUAUGCCAAAAAGAUAAGCUUAAAGCAAAACGUGACCUUUGACAAUAAGGAGACAGUUAACCUGAGACGACAAAUGCUGCGGGAGCUCAUCAGACGCAAGAUAGAGGAAUACUGACAGAUUGAGUAUGAGUUCUGGACUCGUAACUCAGCACUGGAAACUCACCGAGUAAACUGCACCAGAAACUACUACUGUACAUUAUUGAUUUGUGGGGUUCCAACGCUCAGAAACUCUCACAACUCACCAAGAGCAAGACCGCUGAAUGUUGUUCUUUGAUGUCUGGACGUAGAUGGGCUCAUGAGCUGCAUUUUCAAGUUGUGAGACUUCAAUUUAGUCUCCACAUCUCAACAGAGGAACAGAAGCAACUCGCAGAAAGCGAAGAGCAUUAUCUCUAAACAAGGUUUUGUGACUUGUGUGCCCUUUCAACUUGUAAGACUCCAAACUGGAACAAAUGGCCCUGUCCAAUCAGGCCACACCUUUUCAGGACCUGCAUCAUCUUUGCAUCACGUGCAUUGUUGCAGGUGUACAAAGACACUUCAGGGUGGCUUUCUCAGUCAUGAAUAAAAAUUUAUUGUCCAAGAAAGCAGAUUUCUUUUUUUCUUUUAAUUCUGGCAAUGUCUCUGUUCAAUGCUUUGAUGUUUAUUCUUAUUUAAGAAUCUGACUUUGUUUUGGCCACAAUAUUUUGUGGGCAUCAAUGUCUAUCGUCUAUUUUUGCAUCAGUAUGUAUCUAUAACAUUGUGUAUGUGGUGAUAUACUGUAAAUCCCAGACCUUAAACUACAAACAGUAUGCAAUUAUGUUCAGUAAUAAUUCUAUUUAUUUGUACAUGAAUGUCAUUGCCACUUCACUGUUGUGCUAAACAAGUGACUUCAUUGCUUUUGGUUUGGCAUACGUUUUAAUGAAUGAUAGUUUGAUUAUGCAUUUUCAAAUGUGAAGAAUGGCACCGUACCAUCAUCCAGAAUUUCCAUCAGUAACCUUCGAAGGGUGUAGACCCCGCCCCUUUUUGGUUGCUCACAUGCAAUCAUGGCAAGGAGUUUUUUCUGGAAGAUAGAUCUGUUGCAUAAGGAAAGCAUUACAUGUAUUUUAAAGUUUUGAAGCAGGGAACGCUUUGUGGUUAAUGUUUGAGAAGAUAGUUGUUAAUUACUGCACAAAUAAAUGGAAAGACCUGGAUAGUUGAACCAGCAGUUAUUGGAAUGGUUACAAGUAGAAAUCUCUGUCAUUUUACCACGGGCAGUAUCAUUUGAAAAAUCACUGUUGGAUCCAAAGUUAUAUGAAAUUCCUCAGAAAUUCGCUUAAUACAUGUAGAUGCCUGAUAACAAAUACAUGUAACUAGCAAAAACAAACUUGACAAGGGUAGAGGAAUGCUUAAUUCCUUCACUGAAUCAAGUGGCCCGUUAUGCAAGAGGUUUCAUGAUCUAAUUUACAACUCCUCAGGAACCGACUUUUGCACAUUACCGAGCAGCAAUAUUUGUCCCACAUGCACAAUAAAAACACAUAACAAUAGAUACAGCAGAGGAGACCUUUGGGUUCAAAUUCACAUCCCUGCAUGUGAUGGGCAUGUGGCAAUGAAAUUUGCAAGUGUUGAAACAAGUGAGGCUGCACUGGCAAGAGGCUUGACACAUCACUACUUCGUAUUACCAACCGGGAGCUGCCAGUGCAGCCUCCCUCUGAGCAAUAUAACUGCUCACUUCUACCUGAGGAUGGGGUCUUUGAGAAUGCCCUGUGGAAUGUUUUUGACAACAAAAAUGUCUUCCUUUUUUUCUGCUAUAGGUUAUACCAAUGUACAUGUACUCACCCCCCCAAACAAUGACCAUUGUUGUCAACGGAAUCUUUAACUUGACAAAGAUUUAAUGUGCCAUUUGACAACAGGUAGCACUUUCUUUGUAGUGUUCCAGGAUUCUAUGCCAUUCUACAUGCAAAAAAUGAGCUACCUGGGGAAAGUUGGACCUUCAAGGAGGUUUCCUUGCCAAAAAAAUGCUUUGGAAACUGGGGUAAGUGUAUUUAGAGGAGUAAUUUUUCCUUUUCAGUGAGUUUCUUUCAAAGUUGCAGCCAGAAGUUUUAUUGACAAUCGUGCUUUUGCAUUGUACGCCCAUAGGAUCACUCCUAGAUGUUGAAAAAUUAUGUUUGUAACUUGUAAUCUGACCAGUGAUUGUGUUCUUGCAAGUGUUGUUUCUGG